CCACCUGCGUAGUGUAUUAUAGGAUGCGACAGCGUUGAUGGUUUUGCAUUUAUUUCGAUCAACAUGAAUAAGGGUGGACGGGCGGCCGGCAUUUAUGCAGCCGAAACUAUCUUAAAAGAGCGAGUUCGAGACGGCAAAGUGUGGUAUUUCAUUAAGUGGAAAGGUUACUCGCAAAGAUAUAACACCUGGGAGCCAGAAGAAAACGUACUUGACCCAAGAUUGUUAAAAGCCUACCAAGAGCGCCUAGCACUAAGCGAGAAGAAGGUGAAAAGAAAGAAAGUGAAACCGUCCACAGAGGUUGGUGGUACCGAGGAGGGACCGCUAGAUGUUGAUGUGGACUCGGAUAGUGGCACAGAAGUCAACAUAAUAGACAACGAACCGGAGCCAGCUACAAUUUCACCGGAACCAAUUCCAGAAGAAACGACACAGCCUACUACGACUGAUAAAGAACCAAAGAAGAAAAAGCGAAAACAAAAGCGAAAACUAAAAAUUCCCGAGAAAUGCAGCAGUGAAAUGGUUCACCUUGCAAACGACGAGCCGAGCACAAACUUUGAAAAAACAGAAACUGGAGAACUUUCAAUCCCUGAAGAUUCGCCAAAAGCUGCGACGGGGGAAAUCGAGAUGAAAGAUCUCACAUUGGAAAUCCCUACCCCAAGGGAAAGUUGCCAAUUUCCGGGACCGGUAUCGGUGAGUCCUCGGGUUGCGACUACACAUUCUCCACCUCCGAUAUCCCCCCGAGUGACACCCGAAAAAACACCGACAGAGAGCACUAGUAAUGGACACGGCAUUCCCUCUGCGUCAGUGUCGUUGUUGGGAAUUCUCGAGAGAAAAAAGGAAUCACCGAAAGCGCCCGAAGUAUCUUCGGUAUCGCCUCGGCCUCGGGAUGAACACACAGCUAAGGGUGAACCAAAAAUCGUAGCUUCUGAGCGAAAACCGAACGUUACGAUGUCACGCUACUCUCAUUUCGAUUUCCUUGCGAACAGUAUCAUAAUUACGGAUGUGACGACCGAGCGCGGAACGAUUACCAUAAAGGAGUGUUCGGCUUGUGGAGACUUCUUUGGCCCCGAGCCCGACCGACCGGAGUAAACUCCUCGUAAUAUUACGCCGUGUUGAUCUAGGGACAUCGGUCACAUUGUGCCCUUUGAUUUCAUGUGCGCGAUGAUAUUGUUUCCGUCGCGUCCUUUCAAGCCUUGUUAUGCAUGAAAAAGCAUUUUCUGAACAUGUCGUAACUAUUGUUCAGCGUUAAAUAGAAAUCAAAUGUGUGCGCCUACUUCGUGUAGCCUGAUCUGCGAGGAACCUCUUACGCCAGCACGUGCUUAUAAUGCAAAAAGCCCAUUUAGGGUAGUUGUAUCUUAUUUCUGGUAUUGUGGGAUACACAACAUCGAAUAAAAUGCACCAAAAAUUCUUACAGCAUAAAAAAAACUCUUAUAAACGGUGAAACAGAUGAGGUUUAAGGCUGGGUGGUAGAAGAGAAGGUGCGUUUGCCAGCAUUCCUGAGCUGCAUGAGCACGAGAUUGUUCGAAACCGACGACCUUGUUCUCCGCCCAUGCGAAACAAAAGAAAACGAAAACAGAGAGGAAUCCGGAUUAACGAGAAUUAAAAAAAGAGUAAAUAAUUUGCUUUAUUGAGUCACAAAUGGGGAGCUAGUUUAGUCCCCGCGGUGAUCAUACUAAUCCCUCUGAUACUGAACAGAUACUAAAAACGGUCAGGGGGGGGGGGGUACUUCAUAAAAUAAAUAAAAAAUACCUAUUUACCGAGUAAAAGCAGCUAGAAUGUAUGGAAAGGCAUUUUGAUAACGGUUUCUUAAAUUAUUAACAGCAAUUUCUGUAAUUUGUGUGGAUCCUAGACUAAUGUCUGAUGAGAAUAUUUUGCCGGUUUCUUGUUUAGGCGCUCGCAAAUUUCCAUGCAGUACACAAGGAAAUAACUAUAAAUAUACAUUUCUAAAACGUUUCUAUACCGACUUGACGCUAAGUUAUUGCCAAGUUUACUUUUGCACUUUUUGGCGCCGACAUAAUGAAUGUUGUCUACGGUGAAGACAACCCAAGUGGAAGUCGCCCUUGGAUCACGAGCUUGGACGUCACGCUUGCUACAUCAACUACAGUACAGUAACUGCUCUACAUCGCACUUUUACGGAGAGAAAUAUAAACUGGACUCGAAUUGACCGGAAUAAGAGCAGAAUAAAAUAAAAUCAUCCGAAAGAAUGGGAUUUUCUUUUAAGAUAUGCAUCAGUUUUGGGGCCAGUUUCUGAUCUGUUCAAAAAAAAAAAAAAAAAGAAACAAACAAACAAAAUAUUCCUACCUAGCUGAUAUUAUUUAUUCCUACCUUGCUGCUAUUUAUACGAACAAAUCCAAUUUGUUCCCCCGUAUUUUUUUAUUCAGUUGUUUUAUACUAUGUGUAUGUGUGCGAUCGCCUUUGAAUAUUUUACGCUAGUAAUGACUGAAAUUAAAAUUUAAGCCUAAAUCCGCUAAAAAGCGAGAAAAUCGAUGUAAAAAUUUGUUGAGUAUUCUAUGCAGAAAAUAGGUAAUUUUGAAUAUUUUGUGUUAUCAACAAUUAUCCCCCUUCCUAUUAGUUUCUGGUAAGUUUCUGUUUAGUAUCUAAGAAAUUUUAGUAUCUAGGAUCACCGCGGUCAGUUUAGUCGAGAAAACAGCGAAACAGACGGUACUCUCAAAACAUCUGCAGACAAAAUAGUGCGCGCAGCGCGCUUCUGAGUGCGUAGAAAGUAGAAGGUCAGAGGUAAAAGCUGGAGAGUUUGUGAACAGUUGCCCCAUACGCUAGCACAGUAGAGGAACUGACUAUGAAUACAGGCAUUGUAGUAAUGUAUUGCACCAGCUUGCGUCAGGAAGGGAGCAAAACGGCGUAGUAGGGAUAUGGAGAUAUUAAUCUUU